GGAGGAGAUUACCAUGUUCCUGAGAGAGUGCUCUAAGAACAACUUGGUUGUUAUUCCAAUCAUACAAACAUUUGGACAUUUAGAGUUUGUGUUAAAACACGAYGAAUUUGCUCAUCUUCGGGAAACGAAGCCAUAUACGAACUCACUUUGUCCAAGCAAUAAAGGUUCAUUGCCUCUUAUCAAGAAGAUGAUUGACCAGAUAUUGAAUUUGCAUCCAAGUGCUCAAUGGCUGCACGUGGGRGGAGACGAGGUGUGGAAUUUGAAAACAUGCGAGAAGUGCAAGAAUUCUAAUUUUUCGGAGGCGGAUGUYUUCCUGAGGCAUAUGGUACCCGUGUUGACGUACGUCAGGGACAAGAAAAGAACGGCUAUCAUGUGGGAUGAUAUGAUGAGGGAAUGGACUAUACAGCAACUGCAAUGUAAGAUGAAGAAUUCAUGGAGUCUGCCUCGACAGUUGAAAGCCAAAGAACUCAGUUUUUUUCGUAUCAAGUUCGGGAAYUCUAUCUCUUCCAGCUGUAUUAACCUUUAUCAAGAGCUCAAGACAGAAUCAGCAGUGACCUUAUUGAAACUAUAUUCUGAGAGCACGGUUGACGAAUGGAUUCAAGACAAGAUCGACGRGAACAUAAAAGCAGCMGAGAAAGUGCACUUUCAUUUCCAGRACGUGUUUGGACAAUUGAACAAGGAAAUGAGGAAGAUCGAGGAAAAGAAGGAGGGAAAUGAGCAGUUUGAAACAGACGUUGGUAACGAAAAAGAAACGGAUGCUUCUAUUGCGCAGCCAUCAUCGUUACCUAAACCAACAUCUGCACCAACAGCAGGAGUAACAUCAGAACAGGAGGCAACACAAACACCAGCACAUGAACCAAUAUCAUCAUCAUCAUUAUCAUCAUCACCAUCAUCAUCAUCAGCAGCAGCAGCAACAGCAGCAACAGCAGCAACAGCAGCAUCCCCACCAUCGCAGUCAUCACAAUCAUCGUUAUCGUCAUCAUCAUCAUUAAGCCAAACACAACAAUCAGAGCAAGAGCAACAAAAAGCGGUACCCCUUCCAAUUAGAACAAGACAUUCGAAAGUUUCUCAAACUAUGAUUAGGGAUAAAGAUAAACAGAACGAAGUAAAAGAUAGAAACCCCAAAAGAUAUUUGGAAAAAUCUAAAAUURAACAAUAAAGAGAGCAAUAAGGAAUAUAAAUAUCCAUCAAACAGAAUGUUAGUAAUGAUGUCACUUUUUAUUGUAAAACAAAAAAA